AUGGCUAGACAACGUCUAGCCCCAACCAAAAAUAAGUCCAUAGCAAUUCCACGACUAGAACUGCUCGCACUUUUGAUAGGAACGCGCCUCAUAAAGUUCAUUCUCAAAGAAAUCAAAUUAAAGAUAUCAACGAUUAAUAUCUACAGCGAUUCUCAAGUUGCCCUCCAUUCGAUUCAGUCCAACUCGAACAAUGGGAUCUUUGUCAACAAUCGCUGCAAAGAAAUACGAGAAUCACUCCAAUCAUGGAAAGGAAACAUCAAUCAAACUCAUCUCUAUUAUAUACCAUCGGAACAAAACCCUGCAGACUGCGCUACGAGAGGACUCACAAAGGAACAAAUGUCCCAUCAAAUAUGGUGGUCAGGACCAACAUUCUUAAGACAGCAAGACAAAAGCUGGCCAGAAUUCCAAGAAUUCACCUGGCACACUCACACGGACACACAGCAGAACGAACAGCCCACAGUAUUAACUAUUUCUUCAAACAUACCAUCUGGAUCUUGUCUCUUUAUAACAAAAUUCUCAUCACUGAAAACAUUGCGACAGGUAACCGCUCUUAUUCUAAAAUUUAUCAAACAUGCCCUAUAUGAUAAACUAACGAUAGACAGUAAAACAAGGUUAUCCUCUCACCUACCAGAACUAGACCAUAUCUCAUCGAACUACCCAUUAACCUCGCUGCAGGUAAGCGACAUUGAAAGUACGGAAGCUUUGCUGACCAGAAUUAACAACGCCACCAACUUCAAAUACAGCAACGAAAUUCUUUCCAUGGAAGACACAGACACUGUACGCGUUAAUACUACCAUCCAAACCUUCCUGACCAACGAGUAG